CUUCGACCAAUUCAAAGCAUGCUACGCGCAAACCCCCCGCAUAAGAGAAGGCUUCAAAGGCAUCGAGAUCCUGUACCGGAACAACGUCCUCUGGGCCCGCGCCACGCUGUUUAAACACUGCGUCCGCAGAAGCGUGUCCAUGGACUAUGCAAGUCCGGGGGUAAUUGAUAGUAUACGCGAGGCUAUACGGAACUAUAGUACGUAAGCCUUUCGCUGUUUUUGCUUAACGCCGUGUGUGUGUGGUGGAAGACACGAACGAAGGGGCUGACAACUAUGGGCGCAGCCGAAGCAGUGGAGGAGUUCCGCGCUUUUCGCGUCUCGUCCACGGUCUUGUUCAAGGAUAAUGAGGUGCUCAUGCAAGUCGGAGAGUAUCUGUCGUAUCUCGAGACACAGAAGGUGGAGGAGGAGGAAGGUCAAGGGCUCGUCGGCGCCGAUGAAGCAGAAGCAAAGCCAGCGUCGCGACAGCUGCAGCUGCAGCUCGCAGAAGCGUCGCUGUACCGGUACUACGCCGACAACAUCCUACCCGAGCACGAGGCUGGCGUAAGCGAGGAGAUGGAGAAGACGGCGAAGAGAGGACUUUAUGGGAGGCUUGCGAUGGCGCUUGGUGGCGGGCUGGCUUUGAUUGUGCCGAUGCUGAUUAUGGUGUUGCAUCCGACGCAGACGAAGAGCUUGGUGGUGACUUGCGUGUUCGUUAUCGCGGUCGCGGUGGGGUUGGCGGUUUUUAUGGACACGGCGGAACCGAAGGAUAUUAUUGCGUCGGUGGCGGGGUAUGCGGCGGUGUUGGUUGUUUUUGUUGGUUUGAAUAUACCUACCUAGGUACGCCUUCUGAAAUUGAGUGUAGUCUUGGGGCGUUAUCCUCGUCAGGCCUGCUCGGUGUUAGUAAUGCAUUUUUAGGGUUUGCGAAUCUUUGAAGGUGGGC